GCUGCUCUCCCGCCUCUCCCCUGCGCCCGCUCGGCGGCGGCCCCGGCGGCGGCGGCGGAGCGCCCCGUGUCCCCCGACCGGCCGCCUGCCGCAGCUGCCGACAGUCCGACUUUCUGUCCGCUUGCGACUGCUCCUGGCGGCAUGUCCAGCGCCGCCUGGGUGAGGGCAGCCGCGGUGCCGGCGGGGUCGGGCGCGCGGGGACAGUAGGACCCACCCGCGACCCUCGCGCCGGAGAGCCGGGCCGAGCCAUGUCCCGCGCCGCGCUGGCGGCCAGCGCAUGGGCCCGAGCCUGAGCGGCGGCCGGCCGUGCCCCGAUGCGCCCGGCGGGCUCCCGGCGCCGCUGAGGAGGCGGCUCGCGGUGCUGCUCGCCAUGCUCUGCGUCUGGCUCUGCGCGCUGCUCGCCGCCUGCGCCGGGCCCUGCGCCGCGGCCCCUGGGCGGCCGCCCCCCGACGGGGCGCCGCCCGGCCUGCCGCCCCCCGACGGGGCGCCCCACGCCGGGGCGCUCCCUGGCCUGCCGCCCCCCGACGGGGCGCGCCCCGGGUUGCCGUUCGGAGACCCCGCCGAGCCGAGUCCCGGGGCGCCGGGCGCGCCCGUCCCGAUGUCCAGCUUCCCGAGCGGGCCGGGCCGCAAGCGGCUGCCGCAGGCCAUCAUCGUGGGCGUGAAGAAGGGCGGCACGCGCGCGCUGCUGGAGUUUCUGCGCGUGCACCCCGACGUGCGCGCCGCGGGCGCCGAGCCGCACUUCUUCGAUCGCAGCUACGACCGGGGCCUCGCCUGGUACCGGGACCUGAUGCCCAGGAGCCUGGACGGGCAGAUCACCAUGGAGAAGACGCCCAGCUACUUCGUCACACAGGAGGCACCCGCGCGCAUCUCAGCCAUGGCCAAGGACACCAAGCUCAUUGUGGUGGUGCGGGACCCGGUGACCAGGGCCAUCUCAGACUACACACAGACGCUCUCCAAGAGGCCCGACAUCCCCAGCUUCGAGAGCCUGACAUUCCGGAAUAGGACUGCGGGCCUCAUCGACACGUCCUGGAGUGCCAUCCAGAUCGGCAUCUAUGCCAAGCACCUGGAGCGCUGGCUGCGCCACUUCCCACUGGCCCAGAUGCUUUUCGUCAGCGGGGAGCGGCUCAUCAGUGACCCUGCGGGCGAGCUGGGCCGUGUCCAGGACUUCCUGGGCCUCAAGAGGAUCAUCACCGACAAGCACUUCUACUUCAACAAGACCAAGGGCUUCCCGUGCCUGAAGAAGGCGGAGGGCAGUGGCAGACCCCACUGCCUGGGCAAGACCAAGGGGAGGACCCACCCCGAGAUGGACCGGGAGGUGAUACAGAGGCUGCGUGAGUUCUACCGGCCAUUCAACCUCAAGUUCUACCAGAUGACUGGCCACGACUUUGGCUGGGAUUGAACACCAGACUGUGUAACUUUCCACUUGGAUUAUAUAUUGAAAGAGAUUAUAUGUAUGUAAAAUGUACAGAAAUCUAUUUUAUAAUAAUUUAUUUUUAAUUCAUAAGCAAUUAAUUCACUAAGCUGCCUAGCCACACUCUUUAGAGAGUUAGCUUCAUAAUCUGUUAACAUUCCAAAGUGUUUUACUCUAAUAUUUUGGUUUUAUAAUCACAGUUGAUGGUGCUUCCAUGUUUUUGCCUACUCAUAUUUAAAAAGAAGAAAAGCACAACUUGAGAUUUUUGUUGUUACGGGUAUUCCACCUUCGGUCUCCAUCUGAGUCAGCUUCCCGUUUCCUUGUGUCUUUGGUCCCAGAUUUCACUUUCUAUUGGUCUCACUGCCUAUGUACCUCAUAAGAAUGCUGAGCAGCCUCAGUAAGCUGCAAUCACUCUGAUUCUCAGGCUUCAUGUAGCAGCUUCCUUGUUGACAUGAUUCCAUUUCCAAGGAUACAGACACCAGCCCACCCCCAUCCCUCUGCCACUCUGGCCCCAAAUCCACUCAACACAGAAGGGAAUCACUACCUUUCCCAUGCCAUCUGUGUCUUGCAAAUUUGUGCACGUGAGUGUCUAUUUACUUCAACUUUUAUCUUGAAGGACGAUGGCCUUGCAUCUUUUCUAACUCAGUCCCUGAUUCAUUAAUCACCUUGAAGUGUAUGCAGAUGUUAACUUCCUCUUUCCCAGUUGUGAGAUGUUUGGUUGCUGCUUUAGAAACAAGACUAUCUCUUGAAAUUUGCGUGAGAGUGCACCAUGCUCCAUCUUGCUAGCAGAAAAGUUCUGCACUAACACCAAAGAAAUCCCUAGGCUAACUAAAGGCUCACAUCUUUUUGGGGUGUCAAGUGUCAAUUCCCAAUGGAAGGAGGUGCAUUCCAUACAGUCAGUAUCUACCAAGGUGCUGCUCGGUGCCCAUGUUGGGCAAGUUUCAGUAGCCUGAUAUCCAUGAGGGGAAGAAAAGACAAAGACACCUCCUAAGGCAGCAAUGCAGAAGAAGCAAUUCUGUCUCUUAUCCCCUUAUUCCUUGGUGUCUGAAACUCUCCUUCUGGAAUUUCUAGUUCAUCUCAGAUUGGUAACAAGUUCUGUAGCUAGUUGCCAAGAGCCUAUUAGAGGCUGAAAGCUGCCCCAGGUUAUCUGUAAGCAUUUGAGCCUGACACUUUAUGAAAGUAUUCCUUGUUUCAGCCAGUUUCUGGCAGAAGGCUUGCCAGCAUUGAUGCUACUGAUGCAGAAUGAACUUCUCAUACCUCCAUAUUGAGGGAGCAGCUGGGGAUCGUUUAUGAUGACUAGCUAGUGGAAGUUGGAUAACCACAUAGCAAUAGCACAUAAUGACAUCUUUACUUGGUCCUCAAUUUUCUAAAACAGAAUGCUUUUACCGUGAAAGAUAGAUAUUUAAGCUUUUUUGUCACCAGGGAAUACAUGGAAAGAUAUGCAUAUUGCUAUAAUCAUUAGCUUGUAAUAGUUUCAAAGGACACUUUUGUAAUGUUGUAUGAGAGAACUUGCCCGAUAUAGUAAGAAAAGUUGUGUGAAAUAGAAAAAAAAUUAUCUUUAGAAACUCAUCAGGAUGUCACUCAUUUUUAAGUGAUGUCUCAGUAAUAACCUGGUUUGUAUUUGCUUACAACUUUUAGCCCAGAUCUUGCUAGUUUUAUAUUUAGCAGCCAAGUUGUCACUUUGUAGGUUCUGUGUAGGAUGAUGGACACUGGGUGUCUCCUUGUAUUCCUCAGAUGUUAUAUUCAAUUUAUAGCUUUCUUAUUGAGUCUACCAAGUAGUGUAGAAACUGCAUUUGGCAGAAUGCACAUUUGCAUUAGGCACCAGUUAGUCACGCAUUUUUCCAAUGAGAAGGCUAAUUUGAAAUAAACCUGAGAAUACCUCUUGUAGUGACAGAAUAAUGUUACUUGAAAUAAAAGUCAGAAUCUCUUUCCCUCAUCUAAUCCUCCCUAUUCACUUUCUAGACACUCACAUGCUCUAGCAUGGUCAAAAUUCAUAAGAAAGGUGUGCAACCAAGCAAUACUAAAGCAUGCAAUGAGCUUUUGCUUUCCCUUGGGGGGAAAGAACUUGCAGUCUUACUAAGCUGUAUUUUUAAAUAGGAUUUUUAUUCUUUAUUCUAUGCCUUAAAAUAAACUGAAACAGGAAAUUUUCAGAUAGGAGAGUCAUUUAGUCACAAACACUGAAAGUGGGUUAAAAUUCUAUUCUGGGUCAAAUUCUUGACUCCAAACAGAUGUCAGUGAUUAGCACUGAUGGAUUUUAGCAAAUUUUUCCAUGUAACACAAAUAAAUCAAAUGUCCUGUGCAUCUCUUCCUUGUGGUUUGAUUGCAACUAAUUCACACAUAGCAUUUGUCCUAUGGUUAUACCCAUCAUGUGAAGGUCAUUAUAGAGCCUGACCCCACAUAUCUUCUUCCAGAAGAAGCUAGAUAACAUAAAAUUAAGCUUCUGGGUUUCUGCCUAUAGCAAUUUGCAAGGUUACCAACUUCACUUUUUAGCUGCUAUGGAACAAACACCAUUUCAUGUUUGGGCAGAUUGUCUUAGCACAUGUUUGAAAUUUCUUCAAAUUAUAGAAAAAACUCUGAUACUCAGUGAAGUACUUUAUUUUUUCAUUGAAGACAGCGUCAAAAGGGAUAACAAAAAAAUUAGAAGUAUUUACUGUUUUUCUCUCUCCCAAGCUUUUUAAAAAGUGAUAACAUGGAUGUGAAAAUUUACUUAGGUAUAGUGCCUGCAUCAUUAAUACUUAAUUGGAUGAUGGAAGAGGAGAAAUUCUCUUCAUAGGAUUCUCUUUGGAAAUCAAUUUGAGUGAUAGAUUCUUUAUAGGAUCUUUGGAGAAAACAGUUUAAGAUCCUUAUGAAAACAAGAUUUUCAUAAGGAAAACAUAGGGAAGUUCCAAUAAAUUGAAAUGUUUUGUGUGUAUUUAAAGUUCUGGCAAAAAAAAAAAAGUCUGUCUUCAGUUUAUCCAAAAGGAUGGGCAAUAAGACUUAAAGGUGUGGUUAGACUUUAUUUCACUUUUGUAACAUUAAUUUAUGACUGAGUUUGAUUCAACCCAGUAAUCUGAAAUACUGUGCAAAAUCUAGCAGUGUCUUCUAUAAUCUGGAUGUUAGAAUAGCCAAUAUGUACAAGAAAAAUCAAGUAUUUUCUCCUAUGUAUAACACAAAUUAAUUUUACACAGAAAAUGAUGUUUUUAGGAAAAUGAAAUUCUGGUAACUCCUACUAUUUCUUUUAUGAACAAAUAAAAUAUAUUUUACCAA